GCUCUAGACUAGAAACGUAAGGAGUGAAGAAAAGUUGUGCCAGUUCAGGACCGGUAUCCUGACCGGUCUGUAAAAUAUUUUAAAAUCUUUUGUUAAGUCUCGCAUUUUCAGUAUCUUGUUUGAAAUGUAUGACGACGUGAGAAUAUUAUUAAACUGCAUUUUAGGAGGCUGCCAAGAUUUCUUUGUCAGGCUAGCUAACGCUAAUUAGCUAGCUAGCUAAAUAGCGUUAGCUAUCUUAUUUUACAAUAGUAGCAAGGCUAGCUACUAAGAUGCUUUAUAUAAACAAUCCACUUGCCACCAUUUGUACUUCUUAAUGCAGUAAUAUUGGCAACAUAAAUGCUGCGCAGAGCAAUACGUAAUAGUAUAGCUAGCUGACACUUUCUGCUAAUGACAGUUUGUCCACGUGGUAGAACCAUGCUGGUUUGUCUUCCUCAAACAGUGUAAGAUGGGGUUAGCUAGCUACGUGGAUCCAAGUAGUUUUUUGUAACACGUAUUUGCUCUAUAUAAGCAAUAGCUGAUUUGCAGCGAGAUGAACAAUGCAAUAGUUGCUAAUAUUGAUAUCGCUGGAUUUGUGAAAUAGACUUAAUUUUACUGGUGACAUAACUAAUGAUGGACCCAAUGAUUAAACUCACUACCCAUCUGACCCUGUUUAUGGGAAAGAUUAGUUUCUCCAGUAUGAGGGUUCAAGUCUGGAACCAGCUAUAAAACUCAUUAGAUGGAGUUUUUCUGGAUUUAAGAUCUCUUUUUCUCUUUUGAUCCGUUUUAUUCAAGAAAACUGGAGAAGAGGGUGCCCUAAAAACCUCAAGCCUGGUGUGGACUGGAUUCAAGCCACAGGAGGCUGAGCUGUGUUGAAUGUGUCUGAAGGACCAUUCUGUCACGUCCAGGAUGAAGAUAAAAGAGAUAAACCGCACUGCCAUUCAGACUUGGAGCCCAGCUCAACACCAUCCAAUAUAUUUGGCUGCAGGCACCUCAGCUCAACAGCUUGACGCUACGUUUAGCACCAAUGCCUCACUGGAAAUCUUUGAAUUGGAUCUGGCUGAGCCCACUUUAGCCAUGAAGUCAUGUGGUGCUUUCACUUCACUUCACAGAUAUCACAAACUGGUUUGGGGCCCACAUGGCUUUCAUGAGCAUGGUCUACCCUCUGGAGUGCUUAUUGCUGGUGGAGAGACUGGCAACAUCAUUCUCUAUGACCCUUCUAAGAUCAUUGCAGGCGACAGUGACGUAGUUAUAUCUCAGAGUAAUAAACACACCGGGCCUGUUCGAGCUCUUGAUGUCAACUCAUUUCAGACAAACCUGGUUGUCUCCGGAGGAAAUGAGUCAGAGAUCUACAUCUGGGAUUUGAACAGCUUCAACUCCCCAAUGACUCCUGGACCGAAAUCACAGCCUCUGGAGGACAUUAGCUGUGUGGCAUGGAACUGCCAGGUGCAGCACAUCCUAGCCUCAGCCAGCCCCAGUGGCAGAGCCUCCAUCUGGGACCUGAGAAAGAACGAGCUCAUUAUCAAAGUCAGCGACCACAGCAACAGGAUGCAUUGCUCUGGUCUGGCCUGGAACCCAGAGGUUGCCACUCAGUUGGUGUUGGCUUCUGAGGAUGACCACAUGCCUGUCAUCCAAAUGUGGGAUCUGCGCUUUGCCACCUCCCCACUCAAAGUCCUAGAGAACCACACAAGGGGUGUGCUGGCCAUUGCCUGGAGUUUGGCUGACCCUGAGUUGCUCCUAAGCUGUGGGAAGGAUAAUCGUAUUCUCUGCUGGAACCCCAGCACUGCGGAGGUCCUUUAUGAGCUGCCCACCAGCUCUCAGUGGUGCUUUGAUAUCCAGUGGUGCCCCAGGAACCCAGCUAUCCUAUCUGCUGCUUCCUUCGAUGGACGCAUCGGCAUCUACUCCAUCAUGGGAGGCUCCGACGACACUGUUUGCAGUGCCCAGGCUGAUCAGCAGAUAAGUUCCUCGUUUGCCAACAUGGAUCCAUUUGGCACGGGUCAGACGUUGCCCCCACUGCAGCUGCCUCAGGCUGCUGGCACUGCUGGCAAAAUCACACCACUGAAGAAACCUCCCAAGUGGAUCCGGAGGCCAGUGGGCGCUUCCUUUGCUUUUGGUGGUAAACUUGUUUCUUUGGAGAAUGUCAAACCAGCAGCACAGCAGUCUCAGCAGGCCCUGGCUCAUGUCGUUCACAUCAGCCAGGUGAUCAUUGAGACAGAGUUCCUGCACCGCUCAAACCAGCUUCAGGCCAUGCUCAGUUCAGGAGGCUUUGUGACAUUCUGCCAAGCAAAGAUUGAAGCUGCUCCGAACGAGUUUGAAAAGACAGUUUGGGCUUUUCUCAAGGUUAACUUUGAGGAUGAUGCCCGUGGAAAGUACUUGGAUCUUCUGGGGUACAAGAAGGAAGAACUUGCACUAAAGAUUGCAUCAGCAUUAGAAGGGAAAGGCUCCAAGCCUGACGAGGACAUUGAGUUUUGGGCAGUGAGACUGCAUCAGCUGUCAUUUUGUCAUGAAAACCUGAAAGCCACUCACGGGUUUACUCCUCCUGUUAUCAAACGGCAACCCACGCCAGACACAGAUUUGACCAAGUCUCACACUGAGUCGCACGCAGCACCUGAGACAGACAUCACACUGCCCGUUAAUGGUCGUGCAGAAGCUGAGCUGGAGCUCAUUGCUGUUCCUUUGGGUAAAGAAGAAUCUGGGGGUGUGGCUCUCACUGCUGCUCCAUGGGAAGAGGACGCAGCCCUGAAUGAGGUGGAGGAGAAUGGGCCCAUGCUGGUGAAGACCCCUGUAACUGAGGAAAGCCCAGAGCUGGAGGAUCCUUCUGCUGAGCAGAUCACUGUGCUUGAAGAGAACUCGUCUCCAUCCUCAAACACCGUUAACCCCAGACUUGUCCAAGAUAUAGAUGGACUGAUCACCCAAGCGCUGCUUGUUGGGGACUUUGAGGCUGCAGUCAACCUCUGUCUCUAUGACAACCGAAUGGCAGACAGCAUCAUUCUAGCCAUUGCUGGUGGGCCAAAGCUACUUGAGAAGACCCAGAAAAAAUACUUCACUAAAACGCAAAACAAAAUUAGCAAGCUGAUCACUGCUGUGGUGAUGAAAGAAUGGAUAGAUAUUCUGGAGACUUGUGACCUCCAAAACUGGAAAGAGGCUUUGGCCGCAGUCAUGACCUAUGCAAAACCUGAGGAGUUCUCCUCUCUCUGUGGGCUCCUGGGCUCCAGGCUGGAGGCAGCUGAGGAGUCCUCACUGCAGGCCCAAGCCUGUCUCUGUUACAUCUGUGCGGGCAGCAUGGAGCAGCUGGUGUUGUGUUUGUCCAAAGCACAGGACUCCAGUAACCCUCUCUUACUGCAGGAUCUGGUGGAAAAGGUGGUGGUUCUGCAGAAGGCUGUGGAGAAAACACAGGGUGGGGUGGCCCCUACUGUAGGCACCCUACUGGCAGAGAAGAUGAGUCAGUAUGCCAACCUGCUGGCUUCUCAGGGCAGCCUGCACACCGCUAUGUCCUACCUGCCCACCAACACCACACAGGUGGCAGUGCUGCAGUUGCAUGAGCGACUCAGCAGAGCUCUGGGUCAGCACAGCGCAGUCCUGGCAGUGGACGCCGUGCCCCAGCGGAACAGGCAGCAGGCAUGUCCUGCAGCCGCACCACCACAGGCCUACACACCGCUACAGGCUCAACCACGACUGACCCCUCAGCCUACACCUGCUGCACUUGCACAGCAGUAUUACCAGCAGGGUAGAGCUGCCUGUACUGUUACUUCAUGGAGUAACCAAACCCCUACAGUUCUGCCCAGUGUCCCACGCCCGCUAGACCCAGCAAAAGACCAGGCCGAGCCAGUCCCUGCAGCCUUUGGGCUACAGUCUCAUAUCUGCACUAGUCCUGCUGCCCCUAGUCCAUUCAUGUACUCACAGCAGUAUCAGAUCUACCCCCAGGUUCAGCCGUUCACACCUGGUGCUGGCGGACCAACAAUCUAUCAACCUUUCCAGUACUUCUCCUCUACAGACCCUUCUAUUCCUCAUCCACCUUCAUCUUCUGCUGCUGUACCUUUCUACACCCACCAGUUCAUGCACCCCACCUGUUCCCAGCCUGCAUCUUCCGUCUUCUCCGGUCCACCCCAUCUACCCGCAGGCCUUUCUACUUCCUCUGCACCUCCUCUCUCUUCCUCGUCCUCCUCCUUCUCUCCCCCUUCUUUCUCUUCUGGAGUCUCCUUUCAGUACGGUGGUCCAGGCUCACCCAUCGCAUACUUCCCGCCUUCACCAACAGGAGCCUCAGGUACACAGGCUGAGCACCCUCUGAUCCCAGCCUCCCAGAGAACAGGACCCCAGAAUGGCUGGAACGAUCCUCCCACUCUCAAAAGAGGGCUUAAGAAGAAGAAGAUUCCAGAAAACUACACUCCUCCUGCUCCCAUCACGGCGCCCAUCAUGGCUCCGCUGGGGGACCCCCAGCAGACAGCUGGCAUGCAGCCUCCCCAGCCACAGCCACAGCAGCCAACUGGAGUACCUAGCCCUUUUACCCCUAUCCAGCAGCAGCCCCUGGGGCUUACAGUCAGAAACCCCACCAUACCCACUAUGACAAUGGAAGGGGCACCUGGGGCCCCCACUGGAGAGGUUGUACAGCCAAUGCAGUCCCUGCCUGCUGAGAAGAUCAUGAAGAAGCCCAUUCCAGAUGAGCAUCUCAUUCUGAAGACGACGUUUGAAGGCUUGAUCCAGAAAUGUUUGGCUGCUGCCUCAGACCCACAAACCAAGAGGAAGUUAGAUGAUGCCAACAAAAGACUGGAAUCCCUUUAUGACAAACUGAGAGAGCAAACUCUCUCUCCAUUCAUUGUGGGCGGCCUCCACAGCUUGGCACGCAGCAUUGAGUCCCACGCCUACGCCGAUGGCCUCAACAUCCACACACACAUUGUUAGCAACAGCAACUUCAGCGAGACUUCAGCCUUCAUGCCAGUCCUGAAGGUGGUGCUUACACAGGCCAAUAAACUGGGCAUCUGACCUCAUGUAUGCACACUUGCACAUGACUCGCCAGUAUUUCACGCAACUCCAAUACAAGCCAUCAGUCAAUAAGGACCAACUUAUAUUGACAUUAUACCGCCAGUCUUAGCACUGCUGGAAUACGGAAUUCCAGUUUAUGGGCUUUUUCUCUUAAGUUUAGUUCUUAAAAUGUUUUUUGCCUUAUUUUAUAUGUAUAAUCAUGGCAGAGCAGAGUGCAAUGGGGGGGCUCCUCCUUUCUUUCUGAAAAUGUAAUGCCACAUGUUUUAGCCAACUCAUAAGAUUAUUGGAUUACUGAUGUGUAUAGUUGGAGAGGAUUUGUUCUCCUGGGUUUAUUAUCAUGUAAUUGAUCUCUCACUCAAUACGUCGGUUUGGGGGGGGGGGGUUUUUGUUUGUUUUUGUUUUGGGUUUUUGGUGUUUGUUUUUUUUUAUCCAUAUGAAUUUUAACCUGAUGGUGCAUAUGCCAUUUCAGCAAUGUUUAAUGCAAUUCCCCCAAAAUUUUUACAUUGCAUUAUAAUUAUUGCAUUUUCCUGUUUACAAGGAUGGAUGCAUAGUCUUGAUAACAAGCAAAUAUUUUAAAUAAAUGUUAUUUAUUUAAAACUUUGAAAGGUUUCAUUUCAUAAGUAACAAAAUGGCAUUAGGAAAUUGAGGUUUCUGUCUUCAUGAGGCUAAUUUUACAUAAUGUCUUGAUGCAGUAUGAAUUUGUGAUUUUAAAAAGUCGUGGUGUUUGUUUUUUUUUUUAAUUACGAUCGUAUACAUAGCUGUCUGUGGCAGGAACGGGGAAACUUGCAAAAAGAGGAAUACUGUUUUCAUCAGAAAAAUAUGUUCAUCAAGGAAUUGAAAGUUGCUUGUAAUUUUCCACAUCUAUAAUAUAAACAAUUGUGAGCUGUAUUCUCAAAAUGCUGUACGAUCACGUCUGUUUUAGAGACACUGCUGUUUGUUUAACAGUACGUCGGAAUUGCGGAAGGUUUUGAGACCAGACCACUAGCUGCUGGUAACAUCGGUUCAAUCGUUAUGACUACUCCUGUCUAAACGUUUAUUUUGCACAUGGAAACUACUGUUCCGUUAAUAGCCUUUCAUUCGGCGUCCUUUGCGCAAUGUUUAAAUUGUCAUUGUACAUGAAAAUUGAGCCCGAUGUUUUAAUCCAGUUGUCAAAUAAAGUGCUAAAUAUUUAGCA